AUUGACAUAUUGGAACGUUUUGAAACUUCAAACAUGUCCAUUAGGGAGUGUGGUUUAGAAAGAUAAAAAUAAAUAAAAGUGUAGAAAUAUCGCGCACUUUACAUUUUGACAUGGACCAUGACAGUAAGAAAGUCUUUGAAACAGGCGUGAAGAGAAACUCCUUUAAUCUAGAAAAUAAUCUGUAUGAGAUAAUCCAAAAAGACGUCGCCAAACCCAUUCUUUCAAAAAAACCAGAGGACGUUGAAGACAUCACAUGCACUUUCGUUCCAUCAGGUGGAAAAAUUUAUGUACCAAAGAAGAAAAGUAAACUUAAAGUUUCAACUGUUAGAGAUCUUCGUGUUGUGUAUGAGGAAGAUAUAUUUCAAACAUUACCUAACGAAUUAGAAAAACAACAGAAGCUCUUGCUAAGAAAAAUAAAACAUGGAUUUUCGAAAGAUGAAAACACUAGAAGCAUUGCUACAAACUUGUUAAAAUCAAGUAUUCCAAUUUCUAGGCUAUCGUGGCAAAUGUUAAUGAACCUUAAUCCAGAAGAAAAAGUUCAUUCCUCGCAAUACAUUUUAUGGGACGGAAAAUGUAUUCGGAUCAAUGGAAGCAAAGGUGGAAGAAAUAAAUUCAUAUUUAAUUAUGAUGUAUGUAGAGGCAUUAAUAAAGAAGUUUGUGUAAAAACAACUUCAACAGGAAGUAAACUUUUAAACAAAAAGAGAAGUUUGUUGCGCGCCUCAUUGAGUGUACGGUUUAAGCCAGGGCCAUUAAGUAAAAAGAAACAUUUAGAUUGUUCUCAUCAAAAACAUAAUGUCGGGGAAGUUAAAUUAGUAGACUUACCAAAACCGGGCUUACGUGUUCAGCCAACGUACGGGACACCGUUAGAACCGACAGUAAAAACAUUUUUGCAAAACUUGCGUGAAAAUGAUGGUACUAUAUCUGCGAAAUGGGCAGAGUUUGCGGUUUCGAUGCUAGGAAAGGUAACAAACCAAGUUAUUCAUAUAGAAAAUGAAAAUUUCAUCACAUUUAAUUUAAAUUACAAAUAUGAUAAGACCCAAUUUUUAAUGCGACAGGAUCAAGAUAUUUUACAUGAUACAAUAAAAGACAAAUUAAUUAGUCGAAAAUUUUCUCCUUGCACAUUAUACGAUGAAUCAAGAUUGACAUCUGAAGUUAGAGGCGUACUCGACGGAAUAGUAGACGCAGUUGAAAUAAGUUUAAAUCAAAGUCUAGUGUACCCACCAUUCGAUGAACUCAGAGAUAUACCUACCACUAGUAAAAGUGAGAUUUCUAUUCAAACCAAAGAAAAACCUAAACGAAGAUAUGGAGAGUUAGAUAGACUUGAUGUAACGGUAAUAAAAUUAUCAGAAAGUCAUAAAAAAAAUGCUACUGAGCCAUGUCAACAAAUAUUUUGUAGCUUAGGAUGCAUUUGCGGUUCGUUAGAAUGUAAUUAUAAUCUAAAAGAUCAUUGCGGUCGCGUGGAUUGCAUGUUCAAAUGUAAAUGUGACUUUUCUAACUUUAAAAUCACGGAUUCUUUAGACGGUGAUUGUGCUCAGCUCCACCCAGGGUUAUACUUUCUGGAUCAAAAAAUAAACGGUACAUUGUCAAAAGAAGAACAAAAGUUUCAUCAAACUGUUAUUUUAAAAGAUAAUCAAAGCAUUUUACUAAAGUCCAAUAGACGAAAUUGGAAAGCAACAAAAAAGUACGAAGAUUUUUAUAACAACUUAUGUUUACGAUCUCAAAUAAAAAAUAAAAAAUUACUGUCUGUUGUAGUGACUAAAUUAAAUUGUGGUAAUAUUGAACCUUGGUGUAUGGUUCAUAACCUAUAUAAGUGCUUUUGCAAAGGUAAAUUUACAGAAUGUUUAACUUAUGAUGUUAGUAAAAACGAACAGAAACAGACAACUAAUGAAGCGGAUAAAGAAAAACUUCCUAUGCCAGGCGUUUCUGAAAAAAAAUCUGUCGAUUUGAAUAUCACUCAAAACGUUGAUACAAAUACUUUGCACAACGCAGAUGGUCCAUGGACUAAUCUUUGUUCAAGAGUACUUCCUUAUAGAGGUAGAAAUCACGGCAUUAAAUACUAUAAAACAACAAAUAGAAAAAUUGUAGAAAUGGAAAAAAAUGAUAUUAGACUUCAUGCUAAAAUGACAAGUAUUUUAAACAAAUUUCAUGCGACGAAAAGUACGGAUGGAGUUAAUGAAAAUAACACGAAAGUUAAUGAAAUCACGAUGGGAGAUCAUGGAAACGACACGAAAGUUAAUAAAAUCACCGAAAUGGGUUAUGGAAACGACUUGGAAGCUAAUGAAAUCAUGGAGGAACUCAAUGAAAAUACGGAGAAAGUUAAUAGAAAAUCAGUGAAAGUUAAGAAAAACGCGGAGGAAGUAAAUAAAAAAUCAUGGAAAUCUAAUAAAAACACGGAAGAAAUAAAUAAAAAAGCUGCGGAAGUUAGUAAAAAAACAGAGGAUGAUGGAGUUAAGGAUUUCGUAGAUGUCGCUAAUGUACCCUUUAAAUUAGAUGAGUUGUUGUUUAAUAUAUUAGAAGAACAACAAAAAUUGAUGGAAAGCAUGCGUACGCGAAAUAAAAAGGCUGUCGUGAGAAAUGACAUUGCCACAAUGCAAACGCAACGAUUACCAAAUAAAACUAAAUUGGUACAAUGGCUUGAGACAAGUUAUAAAAAAUACAAGGAUAGACUAGAUUCAGGCACUUGGAAAACAUCGUUAAGUCCUCCAGGGUCUGGAAAAGUUGCUUUAUACCCAUGGAAUUUUAUCUUAAGUAGGUAUCGUGAAAGAAAAAACCUGUUUCUAAUUUCAAAACAAAAACCUUUUCGCAUUUUUAUGGCUGUUGAUACAAAACACAAUUUAUUAAGUAAAUGUGUUAAUGUCAACCUCAUUCCACGAUCACAUCUUGAUAACUAUCCAUUGAUGAUUCGUAAUUUAUUAAAUGACGUUAAAGAUGAUAAUGAAACCUUUUGUAUACUCUGUGGAUUAUCUCAUUGCUGGGAACUAGUUGGUUCUGUUACGAAGGUUAAUGAAGAAAAACCUGACGAAUCUGUUUCGAAUGAUCUUGAAGACUCUGAUGACAAUUUUAAAGAUGUGGUCGACCAUUCUGAAAACUUGGUGGAUCAUACUGAAAACUUGGUAGACCAUUCUAAAAACUUGGUGGACCAUUCUAAAAACUUGGUAGACCAUUCUAAAAACUUGGUGAACCAUUCUGAAAACUUGGUGGACCAUUCUGAAAACUUGGUAGACCAUACUGAAAACUUGGUGGAACAUACUGAAAACUUGGUGGACCAUUCUGAAAACUUGGUAGACCAUACUGAAAACUUGGUGGAACAUACUGAAAACUUGGUGGACCAUUCCGAAAACUUGGUGGAACAUACUAAAAACUUGGUAAACCAUUUUGAAUGCUUUGUGGAUCAUUCUGAAGACUUGGUUGAUCAUUCUGAAAAUUUAGUUAGCCCUUCAAACAACGAAAAUAAUUUGGACAAUAUCACAACACACGUAGCCACUGAUCCUAAUUUAAAUAAGCAUGAAAAUACCCAAGUAUCAAAUUGGUUCGUUAUGACGUUAGAAAAUGAUUUUGUGGAGAUUCAAUUUUUUAAAAAAGGUUUUUUUAUAAAGUAUGAUAGUAUUGUAAGGGCUAUCGUUGUAUCAAGAAAUUGUAACAAAACUGUUAGAUUGUCGGUGCAAAAAUGUAACGAAGGGGGUAGUGGACCACAAUUUGGUUUAUACGCGAUACCUAACAUGCAUGAUAACUGUGUAUUUAUAGGACCAUAUGAGAAAAAUGAACCACUGGGAAUAGAAGCUUUAAGAAAACCUGAAAUUAUUCCGAGUAAAAAUAAAACAAGAGGCAUGUGGAUAACAGUAAAUAAAAUUGACAACGCUGAAGUAAUUAAUAAUCCUCUUUCUUUUAUGCCAUCAUUUAAUAAGGACCAAGACCAGGUAAUAACAUUUGAAAACAAUGAAUACUCAGACUCAGAGAAACAUAUGACACCGUCAACUUCUAUGAACACUCAAGAACUAGCGACUUCGAAUUCUGAAAAAAAAGUAAUUAAGGAGUGCGUUAAGCCGGUUAAAAUAAAUAAAGCGGAUUGUUUUAAACUUCCUUUAAAGAUUUUGACGAAACCAUUAUCGUACAGAUGUUAUAAAAAGGGAAGCAAAAUUCAUAUACAAAGAAAGUCACCUUUAGAUUCCUCUUUGACAGAUGACAUGAAUGUUGCGCAAAAACACACUCUUAAAAAUAUACUCGAAAGCUCUAAGGUAACAAAAGAGCCGUUAAUUAAUGAACCUUUAACCAAGAUACCAUCUCAAAUUAAAAUAAAUAAUCUUGCAUCCUUGCUUGGCAUGAUGUCUCCCAGUGAUAAAUUGCCAACUAGCAAGAGGCCUGAAAAGGGCAUGUUUGUUUUAAAACCUGAAGAAAUCAAUGAAAGAUUAGCGUUUAAGUAUUUUAGUAUAUUGAAACCCGAUGAAAUAAAUAAUAGCAGCACCGUGUCAUCUACUGAAGGACAUGACUCGCUCCACGAAGACUCUGCUGCAAUUUGUCCAGUCGGUGAAAAGUCUUUUGAUUCCGAGACAAUCCCUGCAGUUUUUGAAGACCCUCUUGAUCGCCCUGCAAGUAGCACAUCAGUAGAAGACACUCUUGAUUCCCCGCAAAUUUGUUUAGUUGGCGAAAAUACUCUCGAAUCCUCUACAAGCUAUUCCGUCGACAAAAACUCUGCCGACUCUUUUGCAAUAUGUUCUCCGCCGGCGGCGGACGUUUAUAUUAUUUCGGAUGAGGAAGAUGCUGAUAAUUUGCCAUUUACCAAGUCGUGGAAAGAUGUAUGGAUUUCGUGCUCAAAUAUAAAAAACUUAGGUUGGAUACCAGGAAUAAAAAAUGAGGAAAACAAAAUAAGUUUCAAAUUUCCAGGUUUUGCGAGUACUGAUUAUUAUGAUGAAGAAAUAGCAUUUAAUAAAAUAAAUCAAGUAUUCACGAGAAAAGUAUAUGUUCCAAGAAAUAUAACAAUGGAAUGGAGAGUUGUAGAGAAUGUAAAGGAUAUAAAUGUGGAAGAUGAAUUGACAUUAAAUUAUUUAAACUCGGAUUUUGUGUUAACAAAACAAGGAUUAGUACACAAAAAUAGUCUGGCAUUUAGAGGAAGGAAGAGAAGCAAAAGGGAUAACAAUUUGUUAGGGAGAAAGAAAAAAAGAAUCGAUGAUGAAUAUGAUUACGAUCAUGAUGACAUAGAAGUUGAGUACAUCGAGAUACCAGAGGACAGUGUGAGCCCAGUGUUAGAUGAUGAGCGGAAAGAUGAUGACAAUGACGAAGUUCCAUUUGAUGACAGCAAAAUGCAAGAUGAAGAUUUUAACUUAUUCGAAGACAAGGAAAAAAUGGAUGAAUACCGUAAAGUAUUUGGUUAUACACCUAGCAUCGCGGCAAUGUCUAAGAGAUCGAAACGUACAUCUACAUUAGUAAAUAAGGAAUCUUUUGAGCUCGACUCGGCGGACUGAAUUUGAUAUAUCUGUACAAUAAGAGGAAAAGUUCUUUUAAAAUAUACUGGAAAAUCAGAUGUGCAUACAAACAACUAUAGAAAUGUUUAAUUCGGUUUUAUACAACUGAUAUCGGCAAUUUGAAUUUCGAAUGAAAGAAUGAUGAAUGAAUGAUUCUUAGAAGAUUUUUUUUCAUUUCGUUAUUAUAUAUUUUUUAACAUACAAAUGUUAUGAGAAAGCGUCUUUAUUCUGCUAUUAACAAGUGGUUAAAAAUAGCGUCUCAGUUACUUUGCUUUACCACAAAUAUGAGUGGAAUUACAUAUCGUGGGAGAGUAAAAAUAGAUUAAGAACUUUGAGGUCGCUUAAUUUUUUUAGUCUGUGGUUUAUUCCAAUAAUUUUUAUUUGUUAAAGACUGUCUGCACUUUUUUCUUGUAUUAAGAAAUUGAUUGCAAUUUGAUGAAUUAUUAAUAUGUUUAUUAUGAAUAGUUUUAUUUUAAGAAUUCAAAUGAUACUAAUGCAUAUUUAAGAUUUGUUUUUAUGUCAUUCGCUGCUUUACAACUUCAAAACUACCCGAGAUGUAACCUAUUUCAUAACUUUGAUUUUAUUGUUUUCUUUCAUUCUUUGAUUGCUAUAAUUCCUUUUAACAAGCAGUGUCAUUAUCGUGCCAAAUAUUAUUAUUUAGUCGCAAACAUUGUAUAGAUGCGUAAAUAAUUUAAUUUUUAAGAAAUUUUAAUUGCCUUACAUUGCAUUGCAUCGGUAACAAAAACGUAACUCCAAUUCAAACAGAUUUUGCUUACACACAGGGCUUGUCUUAGUAUUACCGUCGCCCUUGUCGAGAUGUUUAAGGUGGGCACCUUUUUCUAACUGCUAUAAAAAAAUCAUACGAAAAUUGGCGCCCUCGCUGCCUCAUUAUGUGCCUUCGGUGCUCCUUUAGUUUCGGCGCCCGGAGCGUUUGCCCCAUCUCACACUAAAGGCGGUACUCAUAGACGGAUAAUAUAAGUUGAAAUAUAUGUGUGGUAUAGUUUGUUCGUCAUAUUGAUAUUGUAUUGAAAAAUUCGUGUUUACUGUGUAAAAACACUUCUAAGACUGUAAUUGUUUUAACAUAAUUUUGAUUAUGUUGGAAUAAGCAAUGCAUAAUUUUUUACUAUAAGUUACGGACAUUCUAAGCCAAGAUUUCUUGCACAGUUCAUAUAAUGCAUGCAUGCAUGGAUGCAUAAUGCAUGCAUGCAUGCAUAAUGCAUGGUCAUAUAAUGCAGACAGACGACGACGCGGAACAAUUAACAAGAUGCUGCUUUUAUAUGCGUCUGUAGGAAAAAAAGCUCUGGUCAAUGGUAAAAUUGCCAUUUUAUUAUCUUAUCGUUUGCACAGAUGACUGUUACCGUAAGUGAAGAAGGUUUUUCUGAAAUCAACGCGAGGGACCCGACUACAAGUGUCACUGCAGUUUAGAAUCACAGUUUAUUGAAAACAUUAAAAUCAUCAGUAUAAAUGAACGUGUAAACAUAUUGUUCGUACUAGUAUUGGGUAUAUCGUCGUAGCUCGGUAAGAUUGUCCAAACAAUAUAGAAAGCUAUUAUAUUUUAACAUUUUUUGUGUUUGUCUCAACUCUUCUAUAAGAAUUUGAAAUUUCUGUGAUAUUACUUUCGUUUAAGAUUAUAGUUAUAUUAUAGAUUUUGAUUUUAAUGUCUGGUAUAAGUUGAUGCUCCUUAUUUUAAUUAUUUGAACUAUCACUUCUCGUUUUUUUUUUUAAUAUGUCAAUAUUAUAAAAACAUUACUUAAUUGUUUGCUGAUUAGUUCUGCAAUACACUGUGUCAGGACUUAAUUCCGUAUAUUUUGAUGUAUCUACAUUCAAAGGGUUAAAGCGCUAAAGUUAAGCAGAACACGAUACCCGUAAUCUUAUAUAAUACAGCCAAAUUUGUUAAAUACCUCCAAUUACCUCAAUUGAAAUCACUUUUAACCCCGUAAUUAACAGUAAGAAUAAAAAAACAUGCAGAAAACAUGUCUUUCAUUGUUAAAAUUAAAGAUGUCGAUUUAUGUUAGAUUGUACAAAAUAUGCUGUUAGUAAUCAGUAAUACUGACUCCUAUUACCGACACAUUUGGAGGUAGAAAAUAAAGUCUGGGUAAAGCUUAACAUUUUGUAAAUAUAUGUAUCCUGUUCAAUGUUCCUCAUUUACCAGUGAGGUUUUAUAUACGAUAUUGUGCUGUACUUUAUGGCCGGCUUAAAUAUAACUCUAAUGUCGUUAAGACGUUAUUUGUAAAUUUUUAAUUUGUACUUCAUAUGUUUUAUUUUUAAGCCAUUCCCGCAGGAUA